AAAUGUAAAGAGAGACCAUUUCAAAGAAAGGGCGAGGUUGUCGCAAACCCAAACCCAAACCCAAACCCAAUGGCAAUGAGUAACUAGUCUGAAGCGAAGGAAGACGAUCGAUAUCGAGAUUGAUGGGUGUUCAAACCAUUGUGACUGUGGUUCUUCUCCUUAUGCUUCUUCUCAUCAUUCUCUUCCUCUUCUUUCUCUUCAAACCAUGGCGCUUCUUUUUCCCUUCUCGUUUCCGCUCUUCCAUCAAGGCUGGUGUUGGUGUUGGUGUUGGUGAGCUUGAGAGGCCCCUCGUUCCUGAUGAAAACGAUGCUGCUUCUGCUGCUGCAAACUUGUCAUUCCAUGAAUUGCCUAGAGAUUAUGAUCUUGAAGGUGCUUGUUAUCCCAAUGAAGCUCAUUUUCGAUCACCCAGAACCCAUGGCCAGGAACUUGUUCACAAGCAAAGGUUUCAGUCCUUUUCUCCUUCGUCUAAUUUGCCCCCAGGUGAUACUUUGAUUCUCGAUGUUAUCUCUCAUCCUUCUCAAGAUGUUGAUGUUGAUGUUGAUGUUGGCCAAACACUUAAGUUCACUCCAUCUCACAUAGCUCAAAUUCCAAGGCAUAGCACCACACCUACCCAUUUUCAGAAUGAUAAGCUGCAGGAUUUUGUGCAAAGAGAUAUCUCUGAUCAAAGAAGUUGCCUUACUCUGGAGGUUAUCAGUGGCCCUUCUUGUGGACUUCGCUAUUCCGUGCAGUCAACAAAUCCCUCUAGUCUGCCGCUAACCUUAGGAAGAGUUCCUCCGAGUGAUUUAUUGAUCAAGGAUUCAGAGGUGUCUGGAAAGCAUGCAUUGAUAAAGUGGAAUAUGGAUAAGAUGAAAUGGGAGUUGGUGGAUAUGGGUAGCCUAAAUGGGACAUUUUUGAAUUCUAAGUCAAUCAACCAUCCAGACACUGAAAGUAGGCAUUGGGGAGAUCCAAUAAAUCUUGCGAAUGGAGAUAUUAUAACCCUCGGAACCACAUCAAAAGUAAUUGUUCAUAUUUCUUCCCAAAAUCAACAUCGCAUUCCCUUUGGGGUUGGUAUGACAUCAGAUCCCAUGGCUAUGCGUCGAGGAGGAAAAAAGUUUCCUAUGGAAGAUGUUUGCUAUUAUCAAUGGCCUCUACCUGGGCUGGAUCAGUUUGGACUUUUCGGUAUUUGUGAUGGGCAUGGUGGAGAUGGGGCUGCCAAAUCUGCUAGCAAGCUUUUUCCUGAGAAAGUUUCAGGUAUAUUAUCGGAUUCCUUAAAAAGGGAGAGGGUUUUAUCACUCUGUGAUGCUUCCGAUGUUCUCCGAGAUGCAUUUUCUCAAACAGAAGCAUGCAUGAAUCACUAUUAUGAGGGAUGUACGGCAACGGUGCUUCUGGUGUGGACUGAUGGUGAUGAAAAUUUCUUUGCACAAUGUGCAAAUGUUGGAGACUCUGCCUGUGUUAUGAGUGUUGAUGGGAUACAAAUAGAGAUGACAGAAGAUCACAAGAUAACGAGUUCUUCUGAAAGACUCAGAAUAAAAGGGACAGGCGAACCGUUGAAAGAUGGGGAAACACGUCUAUAUGGUAUAAAUCUUGGAAGGAUGCUUGGGGACAAAUUCCUAAAACAGCAGGAUUCUCGGUUCAGUUCAGAACCUUAUAUAAGUGAAGUCGUGUAUAUUGAUCAAUCAAGCAAGGCUUUUGCUGUCCUGGCUAGUGAUGGAUUAUGGGAUGUCAUCGGCGCGAAGAAAGCAAUUCAGCUCGUACUCCAGAAUAGAGAGAGAUACAAUGCAGAGAAAGAGAAUACAGCAGAAAAGAUUGCUAGUUUGUUACUGAACGAGGCUAAAACACUCAGAACAAAGGAUAAUACCUCUGUAAUUUUCUUAGACUUUGACACCCUUAACAGAUUCUCAUGUAAAGUUGGAUCCUAGUCCUAGUAUGAAUUAGGAAUAGUCUUACAGCAAAUGGUAAAACGCUUUUUUUUUUGAUAGGCAGCAAAUGGUAAAACAUAAUUUUUGUUCCA